AUGGGUCGUCCAAUGUACGUUUCGCCAUCAUUGUCUAAACGACAAGUACCACCUAAACAACAACAGAGUUCACAAACAAACUAUUCAGGUGUUGGGGAAGCCACAAGUCAGAAUUCAAGGACAAGUGCUUUCGGUAAUCGUUAUUUUGUCAAUAGGAAUCUUUUUAAUACUCCACUGUCAUACAGUCCAAACAAGAUUCCAGAGUGGCAGACUGUUACCAAUAGAAGUGGAGGAGACAAUAACAGUAGUCAACGGAGUGAACGCAGAAGACGAUCAUUAUCGUAUGACGUUCAUCAGCAUAUUCAACGACUUCAUCAGUUACAGCACUUACAUCGUACACGAGAGCAAAUGGCCGCAUCCUCAUCUUCAUCUUCAUCGAAUUUCGCCACUAGACGUGGCCUUCAUUUAAUUAAUGUUCAAAAUGAACAAGGAAUACAGUCGAGACAUAUUUCACUUCCACCGCUUAGAAGUUCAGCGAGAUUUCGACCUAAUGAUGAACAUCGUAUAAGACAUCGUGAUCCAGCUUUAGAUGAUGUUAUUCGUAGAGUGAAUAUAUUAAGACAAAUGGCACAACAUCAAGAAAGAUUACUAAGACCACGAUAUCGAUCUUCUCAUAAUUCACACAGAAAUUCUUCCUCAUCAUUAAUAUCACCUGCAUCAACGGCAAUAAUAUCACCCACAUCAUUAUCAUCGACGACACCGGCAUCUUCAACUGGAACACCCAUGGAAGUAACAUCAAUAUCAAGUACAGUCAGGGAUGAAUUACUUCAACAACAAAUGAGACUACCACGAAUUUCUAUUGAUAAUUCAACGCUUGUUGAGGAUGAAGACUCCUCAUCAUCGAUCCAGAAUCAACAUACUCGCAUAUUGUCUCCCAUACCAAGGAGAUACAAUCACAAUAAUACCUAUUCAAAUGCACUGGCUGCUGUAUCAAGUAAUGUAGUUGAAUUGGAUGAAGAUGGGUAUGAAGUAGAUGGGAAUAACCUUCGAGAUCAAUACAUGCAUCACGAAAUUACCAAUUCCAUUAUUGCUGCUGACGUCGCAACAAAUAAUCCUACGUCUAAUCACGAGGACAGGAUCGAUCUUCCAAGGAGUUCUGCAUCGGGAGAAUGUUGUUGA